GGAUCAUAUUACAGCACUGCAGUGUGCUGCCAGAGAAUCGCUGAUAAGUUGACAGGUGAUGAAUGGUUAUGGGGGAUUUCCUAAAUGUUACAAAGUUGUACAAAUUUUACACACAUUUUUGUUAAUCUUCUCUAAGUAAAAUGAACACAGAAAAAAUAUCUCAAGCAAUAUCUGAUGGAUUAAAACAAUUGUCUAUAAGUGAAUUAAAACUAAACCAGAAAAAAGUUAUAGAAGCAUAUUUGAAGAAAAAGGAUGUUUUCUUCUGUUCACCUACUGGAAGUGGUAAAUCAUUAACAUUUGAGCUGGCGCCGUUUUUGUUCAAAGCAUUAAGUUCAGCUCAUGAUAAAACAAUUGUGCUGGUCAUUUUCCCUCUGACCUCUCUUAUAAGAAGUCAGGUAGAUGCAUUGCAAAAGAAAGGACUUAGUGCACAUCACCUGAGUGAAUUAGGCGGAGAGUUUGCUGAUCCUACAAUUAUCUUUGCCAGUCCAGAAUCAAUAUUAGGAACACAAAGAAAAAUUACGGAAGAUUUGGCAAAAAGAAACUUUAUCAAAGCUAUUUUUGUGGAUGAAGCUCAUUGCAUUAAGAAAUUCGGUGAAGAUAAAAAGAAAAAACCAGCAUAUCGUCCAUUUUAUGGAAAACUAGGAGAAAUAAGAUCUCUUACAGGAGAAAAUGUUCCAGUGAUAGCAUUAACAGCAACAGCUACCAUUGAAACAAAGGAACACAUCUACAAAGGCUUAUCAAUGAAAAAAGUUGAAGAAAUAAUUGUCAGUCCAAACAAGCUGAAUAUUACAUAUUGGUGCAUCAAGUUACAGCACAGUAGCAUUAGGAAAAAUUUUAAAUCGCUUGCUGAAGAGCUCAAAGCAAACAAAGAAAACACAACAAGAAUGAUCAUAUUCUUUAGGCAAAUUAAGCAUAUAUCAGAAGUUUAUGAGCACCUGGAAGAAUCACUAGGCAAGGCAUCAUAUGUCAAUUAUCAGGAAGAUGGCCCUAAUGACGACCGUAAUAGGCUCUUUGAUAUGUAUCAUCUGAAAACAGAUGAUGAUGUAAAGGAAUCUAUCUGUUCAUCAUAUCAGGAUCCGACUGGUAAUAUUCGGGUAGUUCUUUGUUCAACAUCCUUUAGCAUGGGCCUUGAUGUUAAGGCAGUUGAUACAGUUGUUCAUUAUGGUCCUAAAAUGAUAUAUUGA